AUGUGCCUCAACCGUUUCGAUUUCCCAUGUGCAGGAAUAACAGAGCCAGGAUAUCGCAAACUUGGGGACAGAAAGGCUACUUGGAAAUGCAAUACCUGUAAGACAGGAACUGCGAGUCCUAAUCUUUCUUCUAGAAAACAGUACAAGGAAGGGUAUCAUCUCAUGUUAAUUGCAAGUGUCAAGACUAUCCAGGCUGACCUUUCAGAUCUUAAGGCUAUGAAGAGUGAAAUGAUGGACGUUAAAAACUCCUUGAACCAUGUGCAUACUUCGGUUGAGGGACUCACUAACAAACUGACCGAGAUCGAUCGGGAAAUUCAGUCUCUUCAAAAAACGAAAGAUGAUGUUGUACGUGUUGAACAUCGAUUGGAUAAGCUUGAGGCCGCUGUACGCGAAAAUCAGCAAAGAUCGCGCCUGAACAACAUUGAGAUCAAAGGCGUUCCUGUAACCUCGUCUGAAAAUCUCUUUACUAUUAUUUCCAAUAUUGGUAGUAAAAUAGGUUACGAAGUUCCUAAGGAGCAAAUCAACUACGUCGCAAGAGUACCUCAGCGUAAUAAUAAAAACACCAAAAACAUCAUUGUGUCACUUCACAUCCGUUACCUGAGAGAUAAUUUUAUAGCUGCUGCUAUAAAAUGUAAAACUUUAACUGCUGCGGAUUUAGGAUUGAGAAGUGAUAGCAGGAGUUUCAUCAAUGACCACCUUACGUUUGAGAAUAAACAGCUACUUAAUAAGGCAAAAGCUCUUGCUAGGGAGAAAUUUUUUUCUUAUACAUGGGUAAAAAACUGUACAAUUCUAAUGAAAAAGAAUGCUACAUCUCCUAAAUAUGCAAUAAAAACGGAAGCAGAUUUAAAGAAGAUAUUCUGA